AUGGACAAUGGCGAAAGAAACAAGGCGGAGCUCGCAGCGGUCGACGAACUAUCCAAUCGCACACGGUCCGGCAGCGCAAGCAGCGGCCACAAACGAAGCCUCUCCGGCUCCCUCCUCUCUCGACUAUCAUUCCUCCGCAUGAGCCAAGCCACACAAUCGGAAGAAAGUCCGCAUAUCAUGGAACAAGACGGCGACGGUGAGGACCACCUCGAGUCCAACAUCCCCCCAAUGAACAGCGAGAAGUCAUCAGCCAGCGCCAAGGCAAUGUCGGCAGUGAUACAGCAACAACGACGAACGCGAAGGCGGCGGGGCUCACUGCGCAAGACUGCACUGCUGGGCACGAGACUGGAAUCCAGAGAUAAACGCGCAGCGGCGAGGGGUGCAUCUGCGGAGACGGUUCGAGGAGGGGAGCCGAUUCGACAGCAUGUGGAGGAUGUGCCGCGCUCACUACGGGAACAGACUUCACCUCCUCUCCCGGACGAUUUUAAUACAACCAGACGUGGCGGCUUUGGCGAGGAGGAGGAUGGUGAAGGUGCACAACCGAGCUGGUUCAGCACGAAUACGGCGCAGAAGAUUCUCCGAUCCUCUGUCGCGCGCCGGAGGCAAGGAUUACCGCCGCAGAACAACAACAGCAACAGCAACAAUAACAAAAACAAUUUGCUGGGCGAUGAGAUUGGCACGGACGAUGAGGAGCUCGUCUCGUUCCCGCGCAUCGGCGCGAGUAUCGGUUCCAAUGCCAACAAUGCUCCUUUGAACAAAAGCCCCGCUACGACUUCCCUUCACAUUCCUGCUCAAUCAUCCGGUUCGGAGGGCUAUGGAUAUCCUUCUCUCUCGGCGGAUGCAGCGUACCGACCUAUUCAUCGCAAAUCAUCGCCGCUGUCGACGCACUCGGCGGAGAUGAAGAGUAAUUCUGCCAAUAUAACGUGGGAUUAUUCGGAGACGGAGUGGUGGGGAUGGAUUAUUUUGAUUGUAACUUGGCUGGUCUUUGUCGUUGGGAUUGGGAGCUGUUUUGAAGUUUGGAGCUGGGCUUGGGAUGUUGGUGAGACGCCGUAUGCGCCGCCGGAGUUGGAGGAUGAUCCUACACUGCCGAUUGUUGGGUAUUAUCCUGCUUUGAUCAUUCUUACGGCUGUUAUGUCGUGGGUUUGGGUCGUUGUUGCUUGGGUGGGAAUGAAGUAUUUCAAGCAUGCUAAUAUUUCUGGUGAUGAUAGUUGA